CUGGGGAAACCAUCCCUUGCCCCACCCUCCACCUGCCACCGCCCAGCAAGCCCUCCGGGAGAAAAGCCAUCCUUGCCUCCGGUGAAGGUCUUGGUGGACCUCUCUCUGCGUUGGACCCCCUCUCUGUUCCAGCCUCCCAUGCCGAGGCCCACCUUGUCAGUCACUUCCUUUUGUCAUCGGCUUGGCAAACGGGAGAGAAAACGGAGCUUCAUGGGAAACAGCAGCAACAGUUGGUCCCAUGCACCAUUUCCCAAGUUGGAGCUGGGCCUGGGGCCCCGACCCACGGCACCCCGGGAGCUGCCCGCCUGCUCCAUCUGCCUGGAGAGACUUCGUGAGCCCAUCUCAUUGGACUGUGGCCACGACUUUUGCAUUCGGUGCUUCAGCACACACCGGGUCCCAGGCUGUGAGCCGCCCUGCUGCCCCGAGUGCAGGAAGAUCUGCAAGCAGAAGAAGGGACUCCGCAGCCUGGGGGAGAAGAUGAAGCUCCUGCCACAGCGACCUCUACCCCCUGUGCUGCAGGAGACCUGUGCCGUGAGGGCGGAGCCUCUUCUCCUUGUGCGCAUCAAUGCUUCUGGAGGCCUCAUCCUGAGGAUGGGGGCCAUCAACCGCUGCCUGAAGCACCCCCUGGCCAGGGACACCCCUGUGUGCCUCCUGGCUGUCCUGGGGGAGCAGCACUCAGGGAAGUCCUCUCUCCUUGAUCACUUGCUCCGAGGCUUGCCGGGCUUGGAGUCCAGUGAGGGCAGCUGGCCCAGAGGAGGAGAGGGUUUCUUGCAGGGGUUCAGGUGGGGUGCCAAUGGCCUUACCAGGGGCAUCUGGAUGUGGAGCCACCCCUUCCUGCUGGGGAAAGAAGGGAAGAAGGUGGCUGUGUUCCUCGUGGACACAGGGGAUGCCAUGAGCUCUGAACUGAGCAGGGAAACAAGGAUCAAGCUCUGUGCUCUCACCAUGAUGCUGAGCUCCUACCAGAUCCUGAAUACCUCCCAGGAGCUGAGGGACACAGACCUGGAUUACCUAGAGAUGUUUGUACACGUGGCCGAAGUGAUGGGCAAACAUUAUGGGAUGGUGCCAAUCCAGCAUCUGGACCUCUUAGUUCGUGACUCGUCCAUCUCCAAUAAAGCAGGGCAGGGGCACGUGGGUGAUAUCCUGCAGAGAUUGUCCAGCAAAUACCCCAAGGUCCAGGAGCUGCUGCUAGGGAAACGAGCCCGUUGUUACCUCCUGCCCAAGCCGGGGAGGCAGUGGGUGAACAAAGGCCAAGGAAGCCCAGGAGGUGAUGCAGAUGAGGAUUUCUGCCACCUUCUUCAGCCCUACGUUUCUGAUGUUCUGAGCACAGCUCCCCAGCACGCAAAGAGCCGCUGCCAGGGAUACUGGAGCGAGGGGCGCACAGUGGCCAGGGGGGACAGACGCCUGCUCACGGGGCAGCAGCUAGCUCAGGAGAUCAAGAACCUCUCAGGCUGGAUGGGGAGAACGGGGCCAGGUUUCAGCUCUCCGGAAGAGAUGGCUGCUCAGUUGCACGACCUGAGGAAAGUGGAAGCUGCCAAGAAGGAAUUUGAGGAGUAUGUGAGGCAGCAGGACAUAGCCACCAAGCGCAUCUUUUCUGCUCUCCGGGUCCUGCCUGACACCAUGCGGAACCUCCUCUCCACCCAGAAGGACGCCAUCUUGGCCCGCCAUGGCGUGGCCUUACUGUGCAAGGAGAGAGAGCAGACCCUGGAGGCUCUGGAGGCCGAGCUGCAAGCCAAGGCCAAGGCCUUCAUGGACUCCUACACGAUGCGCUUCUGUGGCCAUCUGGCUGCCGUGGGGGGUGCCGUAGGGGCCGGGCUCAUGGGCCUAGCAGGGGGCGUGGUGGGUGCAGGCAUGGCUGCAGCUGCGUUAGCUGCAGAGGCUGGGAUGGUGGCAGCCGGGGCGGCAGUGGGAGCUACGGGGGCUGCCGUGGUUGGGGGUGGUGUGGGCGCUGGGCUGGCUGCCACCGUGGGCUGCAUGGAGAAGGAGGAGGAUGAAAGGGUGCUCGGAGGGGACCGAGAGCCCCUUCUCCAGGAAGAGUGA